AUGGAGGGCGGAGUAGAUCAGGGCGAGACUCCAUCGAGGAGGAAUGUCGUCCGGGAGGAGACGUCGACGACAUCGGAACAGGGCACUAGACGCCCGUCCUCGCGAGGUGCGGGCAUCCGUGGCCUCUCCGGCCCCACCGCUACGCUGUAUGCCUUGGCUUUCCGCGCUUGGGGGACGCGAGAAGAGGAUCGGCGGCAGUACGGCGACGAAGGACGCGGCUCCCCGCCAGGGACCCUCACCAGCGUUGUAGGCACCAACAAUAGCGACAGCAGGAGGCGGGGCACGGCGGCAGCCAGAAGGCCGGCGAGCGGGCCCAUCAGCAGGCGCCCGCGCCCCGCGCUGGCCCUCACGAGGGACAUGUGCGCGACGUACUCGAACCGGAAUCCUUCGUUCCGCUUCACCCCGAACGUGCCCAGGCGAGUCUUGACAGUGCCGAGCGAGCCGGCUGGCAACGACGGCAUGGACAACGCGGAGUUCAACUUCAUCGCGCGGGUGAACGAUAUCCUGGAAGUCCCCGGGACCGGUACGAACUACUCGGUUCUGGAUCUUCUUGGGCAGGGCACGUUCGGGCAGGUGUUUCGGUGCCAGGACCAUGCCACCAAGGACAUCGUGGCCAUCAAGGUGGUCAAGAACAAGCCGGCCUACCAGAAUCAGGCCAUGCUGGAGAUUCAAGUUGCCAAGCUGCUUAACGAGACUUACGACCCGAACGACACCAAGAACAUCGUGCGGCUCAAAGACUGCUUCCAGUUCAAGAACCACCUGUGCCUGGUGUUCGAGCUCUUGAGCAUCAACCUCUACGAGCUCCUGAAGCAGAACCAGUUCCGAGGGCUACCGCUGCCGCUCAUCCGGCACUUCAUCAAGCAGAUACUCGAGGCACUCCAAGCCUUGGAGCAGGCAAACGUGAUCCACUGCGACCUCAAGCCCGAAAACGUGUUGCUCAUGAACAAGACCCCGGGUGGGGAGGACGAUGCGGCUAGAGGGGGGAGAGGAGGGGGCGGCAGUGGAGGUGCCGGAGGUGCUGCUUCUGGCCCGUCGGGCGGCGCGAACCGGUUAAAGGUUAUCGAUUUCGGCAGCGCGUGCUUCGAGGGACAGACAAUGUAUAGCUAUAUUCAGAGCCGUUUCUACCGUUCGCCAGAGGUUCUACUUGGCCUGCCGUAUGACGGGGCCAUCGACAUCUGGUCGCUAGGUUGCAUUUCCGUGGAAUUGUUCCUGGGGCUGCCGAUAUUUCCUGGCGUGUCUGACCACAACCAGAUAUGCCGCAUAGUGGAGAUGACGGGGAGCCUGCCGGACUUUAUGCUGGAAAACGGGAAGGAUACCUUGAAGUUCUUCAAGAAGGUGAAAGUGCAGGCUAGCGAGGGAGGCGGUAGGGGGGGGGGUGAGGGGAAAUCGAAAGGGUGGAGAAGUGGUGCGGACAUGGCUGUUAGUCCCGAACGAGACGCGGGCGAAGGCGGCAGGCAGAGGGUGGCAAGCCAGAGGCGAGGUUAUAGGCACGUUUUGAAAACGCCCCAAGAGUACGCGAGAGACACGGGCACGGCGGUGCCCCAACUGAAGAAGUACUUCAAGCACAGCAACAUCCCGGACAUCGUCCAGGCCUACCCGUUGCCGGGGGCCAACCGCAGGAGCGCGGGCGGCGGCAAUUCGCCCGAGGCCGCCCAGGAAAAGGAGGCGCGAAGAGUAUUCACACACUUCGUGAUUGGGCUGCUCAACCCCAACCCAUGGAAGCGAUGGACACCCAAGCAGGCUGCGUCGCACCCCUUCAUCACCGGACAGCCCCACCCACGGGACCUGGGAGCCUUGACCAUUGCCGACGACCCGCUGGUCACCGAUAGAUAUACCCGCCAUAGGCAGGCGAUGCAUCUGCAGUACCAGAAGGAUCAGCGGGAGGCCGAACGCAAGCGUCAGCAACGAAUACGGCAGCAACAGCGCCAGCAGCAGCAGCAGCAGCAAGAGAAGCAGCAACGGGAACAAAGGAGAGGGAUGGCAAUGGCGAUACCUGGGGCCUCCUCGUCGCAGCAGUCGAGAGGCCUGUCGUCCAUGUCCGGCCCCGCGACUCCUGUUUCCAUGGGAAUGGGAAACCACGCCCCGUACCACGCGAGCCCGUUGCACCACGCCCGCACGGGCAGCGGGGACUGCGGCUUGAUGGCCAUGCAGAUCGCGCACACGCCCCAAGGGUCUCGCGGCGGCGAAGACUACGGCCUCAGCUCCAUGUCUCGACCGAUCGAUGUCCCGGCGGGAAGCGGCGGCGGCGGCGGGAUGGGGCCGCACAGCGCGUUCAGCCGAGUCUCGCCCGGCGGGGGUGGGGGUGGGGGCGGUGGAAGCGGGCACGACCUGCUGGCUAGGUCGAUGGGCUACACCGCGCGGGGAGGAGCCGGGACAUCUUACCCUCCCCCACAAACCGGCGAUGACGAUGCGGAGGUGGACAGCGGACGGGCGGAGGCCUACAGCUACAGCGCGGCGAGUUUCAGCAUGGGCGGCGGCGCUUCGGGGAACUUCGUCGCUAGCGAUUUCGGGUACGCCCUUCAGCGCCCCGGGUUGCGGUACGAACCAACGUACAAGCAAAGCCCCCCCGUAGCGCAUAGCUCUAGCCACGCGGGGGCCGGCUCUUUGCGUCUUAACCGGCGGCGAGUCUCAGACAUCGCCCCCGGCGGCAGGGCCCAGCCCGGCAGCAGCUUCGGCAACUACCACCAGCAAGGCGAGGGCCUCAGGGGACACGAGCGAGGAGGACGCGCGCUGAGCAUGGACCAGAGCCAGGGGGCGACGCUGCAGUACUAUAUCUCCGGCGGGGGCGUCGGUGGGCAUACCUCAGCGGGAGGCGGCGGGCGCUUCGGCCCGCAAGCUUCCCAAUACCCGAUGCAGCAAUCGUCCUCAUCGGUCUCGGCGUUGACGGCCGGGCCUCCGGGCUAUUCGCCACUGGCCCGCGGCACGCUCUUGGGGCCGGGCCCGCCGUCUGCCUUUCGAAGCAACGCGCCGCAGGCUAACGUCCCUUGGGUCCGAGCUGGCCGAGGGAUCGGGCACGGCCAGCCCUUGUCUGGCGCCGGGCCGCGAGCUCAGUCGACGAGUCCUUUGUUUGGAAGGCCACCCCCGGAUUUUCCGAGCAGCGCCCAACAGGAGCUUGGCCACGUAUCGAACCCGAACGACAUGCACCUGCAUGAUAGCAGCGUAGGCGGCGGCGGCGGCGGUGGCGGCGGUGGCGGGGACACCUGGAUCCGACACGUAUCUGGGGCCGGUUCGGAAGAUCUCGCUGGAAGUGCUCGACAGGCUAGACACGCCGCGCAACGCGGGCACCGCCAAGACAAUCGGCGAGGCGCGGCUACGGACCCCGACAUGGCGGGCGAAGGGGUGCCGUUCGCGUUCCAGCUCGAUGACGGACGAUUACCCCCUGGAGGUGGCGGCCCACCUCUCAGCAGCUCGCUAGAUUGGAUGGGCGGAGAGGGGGUAGACGAUGCCGAAGGCGUCCACAAGCGGUCUUUGAACGGCACGUCGAAGGGGGUGUCGCCUGCGGCCGGGGUCUCCGCGGCGGGGCCCGCGAGCCCGCGUGACGAGGGGGACUUGAUCCACCGCGACUCGCCCGGCACGAUGCGGCAGCAGCUGCCUCAGGCGGCGGAGGCGGUGGUGGUGGCGGCGGCGGUGCGGGGAUCCCGUCAGGGGAGCGGUGGAUGUCGAGGCCUACCAUGGAAGGCAUUCCGGACCAAGGGGCCAUGGGGACGGGAGGAGGCUCGGCGUGGGGGGGCUCUAAUAGCACACGGGCGCUUCGGAGAAGGGGCAGCUCGGGGUCGUCGGAGUUUUAUUUUGUCGACACUCUUCAGCAGCAGGGGGGCUCGUCGGGAUCGUUUACGCAACCACCCCCGCCGAUGUCCCCUGCCGGAGGAUCGAGCUCCAGUCGGCCCUUAUAUCCUGCGAGAGGUCACUCCACGGGCGGUGGGGGCGGAGUGGCUCAGUCGAACUUCGUGGGCCUACCGCAGCACUCACAGCAGAGCCAAGGCCACCAAUCACCGAUGCCGCCUCGACCUCCUCGCAGCGAUAUCCCCGGCAUGGGUCUCGGAGUGGAAAGCGGUUCUUGGGGGAGAGGCGGGGAGGUCGGGAGUUGGGGGUCUCGGCCCUCGUUGCUACAGCAGGCGAUGCAGCAGCAGCAGCAGCACUUGCCGACCCCUCCACGAUCGAUGGGGGGUAGGGGUGCGGGGAGCUGGGACGAUAGAGGUGCCGCAGGAGGCCCAGAUAUUAUGGGGAGCAUCCACGAGGGCAACCCUUCUCCUGAUGCCUAGACUUUUGAUCGGCCGUCCGUGGAAGAAGCGUUUUCUAAUAGAUGUUGCCUUGGCACAACCUAUGCCAUUGGUGGGCCAGUGUCCUGAGCGUAGCAUAGUUGCAGCAGUAUUUUGGAGGCGCUCAAGGGUGCAGCGGCCGUAGCAAUCCGAUGUGUUUGAGUUCGUGAGUCUGAUAUUUUUCCCGUGCCUUAUACCCCCCCCUCCCCCCCCCCAUAUCCCCUUCCCCAUCUCAAUCCUUUUCUGGCUCACAUGGGUAAUUGCUUGCUGUCACAAUCCGUGAGGAUAUUGGGUUUAUUGACGCUCACACUUAGGGAUGUCUCGAUGCGAGAGGUCGUUCCAAGUGAAGUACAAGUACAGCCUAAGCCUUUCUCCACCGGGUUCCGUGGGCGAUACCUGGCGUACAUGUAGCACCCUUUUGGCAACGCGGCGCCAUGUAGACGGUUUCAAUUUCGCACACCACAAGGGAUUCCUUGUUUUUAGAGUGCGCCCGUGUUGACUGUGUCGCCGUCCUUGGUCCCUUUGACGGGUGAUAUUUUCGUCUAGCUUUGGUCACGACCUGAUGAAAACAAAAAAACGAUGUGUGACAAGAGUUGCAAGUGUACGGUGAGUCGGUUUUGCUCUCCCGUUGGGCGGGCCAGUGGGCAAUUCGAGUGGUGAGCUGUUUGUUGAGGGUGUGAUGUGCUUCGUUGAGGCUCUUGGUUUUGGUUCACAUGGUAUCGAUAACAAGGUUCUCCAAAAACCUAAAUAGCCAAAAUGGACCGAUUUUGAUCUUGUCUGCGGGACAGGUUUGCUUUACUUCCAGAGCAGAGUCGUGAUGUUCCUUUCGUUUUUUCCUGGCGAAGUAAGCGAGGUCGUCGCCAUCGCUUACCACCGGAUUGCUUUGCCACCGCAUGAUCUUGGGCCGUGCGAGCUCGUGUGUUGAUGAGAGGUCACAUGUGCUGCAGGAUUUCUUUGCGUGUGAGUUGAAAAAAAAGUGAGAACGGAGCGAGAGGUGGAACCUCGAUCCUCGAUCCUACCACGCACGUGGGAUGUGGGACGUGCAAGCAGAAAGAACCGCAUGAGUUGUGAGAUGUGAUACACGGUGCUAAAACCGGGAAGAAAAAAAAACGAUCGG